CAACGGCAAUAUUUAGCCUUCUGCAACAAACACGACUUCAAAGCUAUUCCCGCCGAAGAAGACACCCUUCUGUUAUUUGUCACACACCUAGCGCAACGCAUCAAACCACAAAGCAUCAAAGUGUACCUGGCUGGAGUACGGUCUCUACACACCAGCAAUGGUUAUCAUAGCCCGCUCACUAACACAAUCAAAUUGAACCAAACUCUWCGGGGAAUUGAACGUGAACACUUCACACCUCCAUCACAGAAACUACCGAUAACAUUUGAUUUACUAUGUCGGAUGUACGACUUUGUUGAACGUAGCAACUCUGAUAAUAUUGUGUACUGGUCAGCCAUGACAACAGCGCAUUUCCUAUUACUUCGCGCUGGCGAGUUUGUGGCCACGGAUCCAUCCCAGACUAUUCCAUCGCUUAAUGACAUCGAGCUAAAAAGGUCCAAUGAUGAUAAGGAAUACAUGGCGUUAAAAAUCACCAAGUCUAAGACCGACCAAAAGCGGGAAGGAUUCAUUCUCUACGCGGGCCACUCACACCACAAAGUUUGUGCGGUAUGUGCUAUGAAGGAAAAUUUAAGAAUACAACGUCAACAUUCAACAUCUACCACAUCCCCCCUUUUCUCUCUAUCAACCGGUUCCCCGAUGUCUCGUGCGGAUUUAAAGGGUUUCAUCUCAACUUCACUACGACUACUAAACAUCUCACAAGAUCACUAUAGCACCCAUAGUUUCCGCAUUGGUGGUGCAACAUCUGCUGCAGUUGCAGGACUCAAUGAUUACGAAAUAAAACUUCUAGGACGAUGGUCUUCAGAUUGCUACAAACGGUACAUCCGCUCGCCAAUCAGCACAUUUCUUCAAAUCUCACAGAGAAUUUCUAAAACUGAAAACACUCCAUAUCAGUAUGCUCAACCUUAUAACCCUCCACAACAGUAAAGAACACUAUAGAAGAACACCAACAGACCUAUAUAUCAGAAUUUUUAAAUAACUUUCUUAUGUUAUCAUUUCAAUUGGGCUACUUUCUUUGGGCAGUUAUAUUGUAACCCAAUGUUCAAUAUACAGUUUUGUAAUAAACUGCUCUUUUCAGCCCAAACACACAUUGUAGUAUAUAGCAUAAUGGAUUAAGUAAUGUAAAUAUAGUUUACAUAGUUUAAUAGGGAGUGGAGCGGUGUUCUGUAACCUACGGCUAUAUCGUAUUACAUUGUCGAUUAAUAGCUUUCUCGAUAAACACGUGUAAUCAUCUUCGCUCGCUUUUUCGUUUUUUCCUACAAUGUCGUCCAGACGAAAAUCCAAUCGACCACGCAAUUGUGCUGGGUGCAACGUCAACUCAACGGAUCACACAUUUGGCACAAUGUCCAAAUUUUG